AUGCCAAGGAGCAACAUACCACGACCCCAGCCUCGGUGUGGUGCCUGCAUAGUCUUGCAUGCCCAAUGCCCUCCACGGUGCUUCUUUGCACCAUACUUCAGCCAUGAGGAAGGAGUUAUUGACUUUUCUGCCAUCCACAGAGUUUUUGGUGUCAGCAAUGCCUCCUUCCUUCUGUACCAGGUUCCGGCAAGAGACCGGUCUGAGGCAGCUGUUUUACUUACCAUUGAGGCUUUAGCUCGGCUCCAAGAUCCCGUCUAUGGAUGUGUAUCCCACAUUCUUACCCUUCAGCAGCAAGUUAGUGAUUUGCAAACUUAUCGAGCUUAUUUACAAGAUUCACUAUUCGUAUAUUAUUCUUCGUAUCCCCAACCUGUUCCUCAACCCGAUCAAAAUCCGAGUUGGAAUUUCGAUCUUCCUAUCAUCCCAGAGAAUGUCUCUCAUCCUAGUUUCCAAGAGGCUACUCUUCCACUUUACCCUGGCAAAGCCAGUAGUAGCCAAAUGCCACCUCCAGAUGACAUCGAUGAGUUAGGACCUAUCGUGUUUGGCAACCGUCGUCGUCACUGA